CGACCCAAUCAAUGGAACAUCAGUUCGAUUCGCGCUGGGUCUCCCAUCACGUGCAAAUGCCGCGUCCGGGGUGAACGAUGCCGCAUUUCUGGGACUACUUCGGCCGAAGCCCCCCUAAACAGCGCAACCUUCAGGAUGGCCUGUUCCAGAUAGCUUCCCAAACCUGCAACCUUCUCGUCCAAGUCAACAAUACCAACAACAUCAGCUACGGCAACGGCAGUACCAACAUCCAUCUGAACGACAUCUGCGUGCCCAUCAGCCGCCCAGAAGCACCCAUUCUACAGAGCGAAACCGACAGGGAGCAGCUGCUGGUGCUCAUCCCGUCCAGGAACAAAGUCUCCAAGUUCAAGCCGACGGGAUUGGGGAAGCGAUUAUCGACUGUUCUAGAAGACCACGCUGCCAACCACGAUGAAGACAAUCACUUAUGGGGCCACGGUUACACUCAGUCGGAAUGUGACGGCAGCCCCAUUCGAAAGUGGGGGCAGAAGAACAAGUGGUGUAGACCUUCCUGUAUCCCCAUCUCUCUAAUCUGUAUUCUGAUCUUCCUUGUAGUACUUUUGCCUUUGUUAGAUCACGCCACCGAGCGCGCUUUAGAGGAGCUAAACAGGGCGGUGCCAGCGUCGUGCAUCAACACGUGCAGCUUGUCGUUGGUCGAGAGCAUCCCCGAAGGCGUGACUUUCAACUCAAGCGUAAAGCACCCCUCUACUUUCGAGACAUGGUUCAAUUUAAUCCUAUCCGCCGAAAGCACAAUAGAAAUAGCGUCUUUUUAUUGGACGUUGCGACAGUCCGAAGUGUAUCCAGAUCCGUCGUCUGUCAAAGGCGAGAUUAUUUUUCAGUCCUUGCUGAAGGCAGGCACUGAUCGUAAAAUUUCCAUAAAGAUAGCACAAAACGCGCCGACACAGAAUAAUCCAAACGUGGAUACGGAGGUGUUGGUUAAGAGGAAAGCGGCUCAAGUUAGAAGUUUGAAUUUUGCUAAGUUGAUGGGUGGGGGGGUUUUACACACAAAAUUUUGGAUUAUAGAUAGGAAACAUGUGUAUGUUGGAAGUGCCAAUAUGGAUUGGAGGUCACUUACUCAAGUGAAGGAAUUAGGUUUAGUCAUCAACAACUGCACUUGUUUGGCUGAAGAUUUGGGGAAAGUUUUUGACGUUUACUGGAAGUUGGGUGAAGAUGGCGCUCGCAUCCCCGACCAAUGGCCGGCCAACUUAUCCACACACAUCAACAAGGACACCCCGAUGAACCUCACCCUCAAUAACGAAACUUUCCAAACUUAUUUAUCGAGCUCACCGCCCCCUUUUAACCCUUCGGGUAGAACCAACGACAUAGACGCCCUCCUUAACGUCAUCCAACACGCCGAAACCUUCAUUUACAUAGCAGUUAUGGACUACUUCCCUUUAACAAUCUACACCCCGAAAAUAAAAUUCUGGCCUAAAAUCGACGACGCGCUAAAAACUGCGGCCAUAGAACAUCACGUCAAGGUAAAAAUGUUGAUUAGUUGGUGGAACCACUCUCGACCGUCCGAAGACAACUUCUUAAAAUCGAUCGCUUCCAUAAAUCAGGCGUACCCGAGGGUGUCAAUCGAAGUGCGGAGAUUCAUAGUGCCUUCUGAUAAAGAACAAGAAAAGAUUCCUUUCGCGAGAGUCAACCAUAACAAGUACAUGGUGACUGAUAAUACGGUUUACAUUGGAACUUCUAAUUGGUCAGGGGAUUACUUUACCGACACCGCUGGAGUGUCUUUUGUUUUGCAUGACCCCAUGUUUGACCGAAAUGUGACGCAAACGACCUUGAGGAGUGAGUUACAGGCGGUGUUUGAGAGGGAUUGGAAUUCCAAUUUGUCGUACCCUCUGAAGAUGUAAUUUUUUAUGUACGUUUGAAAAAAAAAAAAAAAUCAAAGUACCAGUGCCUUUAUUUUCACACGAUAUUUUUCUGUAGCAAUACAUACCAGAUCACGGUUGGCAACUGUGGUCGGUUUUAUGUAGUGCCUUGAGAGGUUGUCGCUCAUUCUAAAUUUUGUGUAGUUUAAUGACCAGUGUAACAUUGUCUUGUGAAAUAACGUGUACACAAGUGUUUUAUUUCCACGUUUGGGUUGUAAAAUAAAUAAAUUUUUCAAA